AUGCGGCUCCCAUACAUCAACGAUGACCCGAAGAUGCCCACCAAAGAAGACCAGGACAUUGUCACAAGAGUCAAGGAACGACGAGGCGGCAAACUCCUCGAACUCGACAAAGCGCUUCUGCACGCCCCUCCAAUCGCCGAUGGCUGGAACUCCUUCCUCAAAGCAGUACGAACUCAGAGCUCUCUGUCGGAGAGUGUGAAAGAGCUGGCCAUUUCACGAGUGGCCGCCCUCAAUCACGCAUGGUAUGAGUGGGAACAUCACGCUCCUCUAUUGCAAAAGGCGGGCGGUGUCAGCGAGGAGGCCAUCGAGAAAUUGAAAGACCGCGAGCGGGCGGGCGAGGGCUUGGACGACAAGCAUCGUGCAGUGCUGGAAGUCACGGAUGCCAUGACUCUGGGUGUGAUUGUGCCUCAGCCCAAGUUCGACAAGCUGAAACAAUUCUUCAGCGAGCGAGAGAUUGUCGAGAUCGUAACGACGAUAUCCGCGUACAACUGCGUCAGUCGAUUCUUGGUUGCCCUGGAUGUGGGCGAGAUGGGGGAGAAGUACAAGGUGGACAUGGAAUAG